AAUUGAGGAGCUUAGAUUAUAAUAAUUUGUCGUAUAAUUAUUGCGAACGUUACGAGUGCUCAUACGUUUUUUGGACUGUAGUGGUGAAAAUGAGUCGUGGAAGUGCAGCAGCUCCAAAGGGGAAGAGGAAGGGAGGAGUUGCCUUCACCAUAGAUUGUUCGAAGCCUGUUGAUGACAAGAUCAUGGAGAUUGCUUCGCUAGAGAAGUUUCUUCAGGAGAGGAUUAAGGUUGGUGGUAAAGCAGGUGCUCUUGAUGACUCUGUCUCCAUCACUCGCGACAAGAGCAAGAUCACCGUCACCUCUGAUGGCCAAUUCUCCAAGAGAUAUAAGAUAAUGUUAGUUUAAGUCUUGCUGGUAAGAUCUUGGUAGAAUUUGAAUGUUAGAAUCUUGAAUUUGUCUUGAGCUCACUGUUUGUUUAAUGUAUGUUUGGAUACCUCAAGGACCGUAACCUCUAUGAGUUGAGGUACUUCAAUAUUGCUGAGAACGAAGCUGAGGAAGAAGGCUAAGACCAAUAUUUUUCUCUUAGUUUUGGUUUGGUUUUAUCUCUGUUUUUGUUAGAUAUUAUCUAUUUUGACUGAAGUGAUACACUUUCUUUUUGUUAUUGCACACUUGGAGAUUUCGUGAGGAAUGUUAUUCUCAGUUCUCGGACAGUAUUGGUUUAGACCAUCUCCAAUGGCUUAUUCUAUUUUUUACGUAACUCUAUAAUAGAGUUUGAAUUUGCUCUAAUGGUAUAUGAACAAAAAAAAACAAAUUACUAUAUAUUUGGAGUAAACCUAUUUUUCAUUUUACUAUAGAGUAAGAAAUAUAGUACCAUUGGAGCAUUUCUUCUUCUAAACUCUAUUUUAAAGUGAAAAAUAGAAUGGAGUUGGAGAUGCUCAUAAAGUUCUGUGUGCUUAUUAUUUUGAUUAUUGUUCAGUCCCUUAGAACAUACAAGACUUCAUGAUGUGCCUUAUAGUUAAUGUCGGCUUUGACUAAAUUGUAGGACUUGAGAGAGUCAGAACCAAAACAAAUACUGUGGUUGAUCUCAUAAUAGUUAGAAUGUGAUUGGUAAUGAUGCAGAGUGUACAAACUAUAUAUUACUAAUCAAAAUACAACUUCAGCUCCAUCUAUUGUCGUAUCUCUAUUAUUGUGUUCGACUCACAAUUGUUAAUCUUCCAAUGCAUGUUAACAAUUGUGAGUCGAACACAAUAAUAGUAACAAAUACUAUUUUGAUACACAGCAUUUCACCAGCAUUGUUGGUUAAAGAUUAUUGUAUCGUUUCAAAUCACGGAUGCAAGAUUGUUUUUGGUAUGGGGGCAUAUAACCAUCUUCUUGCAACUAAUAUUUGGUUCAGGUGUACUAGAUAAAUUUAACACUAACUACUGUGGAAAAACGUACUGCAACUAUUAACCAAGCUAUAAUUAGUCAAUUAGAUCAUCGUCCAUUAUCUGACCAUUGGAGUUAAUCUACUUCGAAUGUCUGGUUUCUUUUAAAAGACAAAGAUAAUAUUUUAUGUAUGAAACAGGCUGUUUAUAUAUUGGAUAGAGAUGUGUGAUCUUUAACAAAGAAAGAACACUACACGAUGAACAGUAGGUAAAAUUUUGUUCAACUAUUUGCGUGAAGCUUAUCUUAUUUACCAUGACUAAGUUAAAUAAUUGUAUCGAAAUAAUUAUUAAUAUGAUAAACAAUCAUUUUGCAAAUUAGUAACUGCUGAUGGUACCCUAAGACCAUCUCCAAUAUAGUUCAUUCUAUUUUUUCACUCUAUUCCAAGUACUUGUGUAAUUUUGACACUAUUUUAUUGUAAGUCUCUCCAAUACAACACUAAAAGUUACACAUUUUAGUGUUGGAUUAUAGAUGUUUAGUGUGAAAAUCGUAAUAAAAUAGUGUUUUGGAGUUGAGUUGAAGAUUAAAUUUAUUUUAAUGUUGAGAUCAAAGUAAAAUAGUGUGACUUUGAUACUAUUAUAGUAUUAUGGAUUGAAGAUGUUCAGAUAACAACAUUAACGACGUUAUGACGUGUGUGAUGUGUGAGAUAUAUAUAAAUGUAAUUAUGUAAAUAUUGAAAUGAGAGAGUCUGUGUGUAUGUGUGUUACUUAAAAGCAAAGACGUCAGAGGGGAAAACCCAAACCCAUAAAACAUGGGGGAACGAUUCACUUCAGUUAAUUUCGUCAGAAGUAAGUGACAGUGAACUACAGAAUCCAUCACCUUUUUUUCUUUUUCUUUUAGUUGAAAUCUUUUAGUUAUAGAAAUAUCUUUUCUAUUUCUUUUUUUUCACAUGAUAUGAAGAUCUAUCAUCUGAGAUUCGGUACUUAUGCUUUAAAACAUGUUACAAUGAUUGAAUUGACCAAUGUAGAUAUGCUACUAUUAUUAUUUAACUGAGUUUUAGUUUAAUUUUUCCCACCUCGAGUAAUGGGAAUUAUGGUGGGAACUUUUAUGAAAAGGACUAUAUAGAUUAUUGCAUGCAUCCCACUACUAAAUAUAGGCUACAGAUGUAUUAAUGUCUUAAGAUACAUAGAUCAUGAAGGUCUGCUUAAUUGCUUUAUUAUAGUUUUGUUAAUCAUGGACGACUGAGAACAACAAAUUAUUAAAAAGAGAAAAUUACUGCAUCGUGGUGGAUUUUGUUUUGGGUCCGAGGGUAAAAAAAAAAGGGAAAAGGGAAAGGAACUCGCGAGGAACACGCAACCCAUUCCUCUCUGUGUUACUGUCUCCAUCACUUUCAUCACCAUCCUUCUUCUUCUCUCUUUUUCUUUUAUAAAAAAAAAUAUAAUAUUUAUUUCAUUUCUUUCCCAUUUCAAAUCAGCUUAUGCUUUCGUCGAAAAAAAAAUAUCAAAUAAUGUGAUUUCUUAUUAGAAAAAGUCAGCCACGCAUGAAUUAUAAUGAUCAUCCCUACUGAUUAUUACUUUAUUUGAAAAAAACUUUAUAGUAAAGUAGUUGAUAUUUUAUAGUGUGCAAACACUCCGCAUGAACUACUUUCUCGCUUGCUUUGAUCGAAUGUGUUAUUACUAAUGAGAUUGCAUAAACUACCUUGUCAAUUUUCGAAAUUA